CUAUCGUAUUCGCACAGUUUCUUUCGCUGGUAAGGAGAACCGACGCAACGAGCUACAACCAACAAGAAAAAAAGGUUAACACGACCGGACCAACCCCUCUUCAAGCUUCGACCCGACUCACCGCCCCGAUUACUUCCUAUGCAAUCUCCUCCGAUGGCCUCUACCCAUUAAUCGUUCAUGGAUGCCCAAUCUGUAAGACCCCUCUAUUCUCUCUCUCGUUUCUUCACGCGCAUUACUUCCUUGCUUUCUUCCUCCUCGAAUCUAAUCCAUUUCUUCAGCCGCUUGUAAUCUCCUGCAUCUUCAAUUCGUCUAUUCCAUUCGCGCGUUAAGGCCGGGUGGGCUCUCCCUUCCCUUUGGUUUUUGAUGGAUUUCCCCUGAUUGCUGUUCGCUAGGGUUCUUGAAGCUUGGGUACAACCCUCUUUCUCUUUCCUUCGGUGGUCUGCUUUAAUAUCCCGAUUCUCAGGAGCAGCUCGGAUAAGGGUUUGCUAUUCGGGCGCUUUAUUGCGUUCUUCUUCUCGAGGGGAUACAUUUGCUUAACGAUUCCUAGGGUUUAUACGUGGUUCGAUUCCAAUACGGGGAAGAUAGGCGUGGGUUAAGAGGAUAAUGUGUAUACUCUGUGUGAUCCAGAAGUGGUCUCGCCGGGUUGCCACGAUGCUUCCUUGGUUAGUUAUCCCUCUUAUAGGGUUGUGGGCUCUCUCUCAGCUCCUCCCCCCUGCUUUUCGUUUUGAGAUUACCUCUCCCAGACUUGCUUGUGUGUUUGUUCUUUUGGUCACUCUCUUCUGGUACGAGAUUUUGAUGCCUCAGCUAUCAGCUUGGCGUUUGAGAAGAAAUGCACGGUUAAGAGAGAGGAAGAGGUUCGAAGCUAUUGAGUUGCAGAAGCUCCGGAAAACUGCUACUAAAAGGUGUAGGAAUUGCUUGACUCCUUACAGGGAUCAGAAUCCGGGCGGGGGAAAGUUUAUGUGCUCGUACUGUGGCCAUAUAUCCAAGAGGCCAGUGCUUGAAAUGCCUGUACCGCCCGGAUUAGGGAUUCCAAAUUCUGGGAUUAUUAAGGACUUGGUUGGCAAAGGUGGGAAGAUACUGAAUGGCAAGGCAUGGUCUGAUAAUGGGUGGAUGUGCAGUCAGGAUUGGUUAGAGAAUGGUGGUUGGACUGGUGGUUCUAUUUCUGGGAGAUCUAGUUACUGGAGGAAAACUGGCGGUGGUAUAUUAGGAGCAGAUGAUAACUGUUCGGCGGAGAAGUCUUACUUGCGUGUUGUAAUUUUUGGAUGCAAACUACUGACUUCGUUCUUCUUGAGCAUUAGGUGGCUCUGGAGAAAGAUUUUUAGGAUUAGUUCAUCAAAGGAUGAUGCCUCUUCUGACGCAGAGCAUAGGGGAGGCAUGUCUAAGAGAGGGGAGAAUGGGGCUAACUAUCCCGAAAGUAGGGGAGAGAAAGCACGCAGGAAAGCUGAGGAGAAGAGACAGGCUAGGUUAGAGAGGGAGCUACUGGAGGAGGAAGAAAGAAAGCAGCGGGAGGAGGUUGCAAGGUUGGUUGAGGAACGCCGAAGGUUAAGGGAUGAGAAAAUGGAGGCUGAGAAAGACCGGAUCAAGUUGUCACCACCAGCCAGGGAAAAAGAUAGUAAAAAGGAAGCAGAAAAGAGGCGUCAGGAAAGAAGAAGAGAUAAAGAUAAGGGAUCCAGUAAGAGCAACUCUGAUGUCGAAGAGCUGGAAAAAAGAGCUGGUAAAGAAAGUGAAAGGAAAAGGGAUUUUGAUAAGAAGAGUGAUGUGGAGAGAAGGGAGUCGCAAAAGUUCAGUACAGAAAAUGGCAAGGGUUACAACAGUGAAUUAGGGUAUGGAAAUGGGUCGAGAAAUGCCUCUUCGACAAAUUUUAACCGUGGAAAUACCGGAACAAGGUACUUUGACAGGGUUAGGGGGACCUUUUUAUCUUCUUCUAGAGCUUUUGGUGGAGGCAGUUUCUUUGGACGGAAUGCUAACAGUCCUGCUGGUGCUACUAAAGAAAUGAAGUUCAACAGUUCUGCAGAUCAGUUGCACAUUUCUGCUCAUAGGAGAGAAACAUGCCCACCUGGUGUGGUUGGGAAGUCAAGUAUCAACUAUGAUGACAGGAAUACUAACCGACCUGUACCAUCUGAACAACCUAGAACAGCUCCUAAGAAGUCGUGGCAGCAAUUAUUUACCCGCUCAUCAUCAUCAUCAUCAGCAGCAGCAGCUUCUUCAUCCUCAAGUACUAAUGUUAUAAGCAGACCAAAUUCUAAACCCCAGGCAGAGUUGCAGAACCCACAGUUUCCCGGGCAACCAUCGACAGUACAAUCGUUCGACAAUCCUAUCAAUUUUGGACUCCCAUCACCAUUUUCGAUCCCCAUGUAUUCUAAUGUCUCAACUAGUGCUAGUUUAGGUUUCUCACCUGCCAUUGAGUCUUGUGUGCCUCACAUUGCUGAAGGAGUGUGCGACUUCUUACCUGAAGAGCCGGAGCGUUUUGAAGACCCGUGUUAUGUUCCUGAUCCAAUAUCAUUGCUUGGGCCUGUCUCAGAGUCUCUUGAUAAUUUCCAGUUGGACAUGGGAACUAGUUUUGCAUCAGAUCUAGGAUUAGAUAGACCAAGAACCAUGAAGAAGCCAGCUGGAUCACCUGAACUGAGCAAGCCAUCUCCAAUUGAAUCUCCAUUGUCACGUCGAAUGGCUGAUGAAAAGCAUAACAACGCAAACUGGUUCCCCACUACUCCUAAGGCUCAGGAUUUGCAUGCUAAUAAUUCCUUGGAUGAUGUGCAAGUAAAUAACGAGAAAGGGACAUGGCAAAUGUGGAACAGUGUAAAUCCUCUUGGUCAGGAUGGCCUUGGUUUGGUUGGGGGCCCUGGUAGCUGGCUUCUACCACCAGAGCGGAGUAUCCUGACUAACGAAGAUAUUUUGCAUCCUUCAUCUCAGAGCACAAUGGCAGCAUCACUGUUUUCAACAGAUGACCAUGCCCUUUUAAGCUCUCUUUCUCCUCAGAAGCGUUAUCUUCGAAAUGGUCAUGGUGGGGUUUUCAGUCCUGUUGCUAGUUCGGGUGACAAUGAGCCAUGGCUGCACAAGGCUUUUUUUCCCCCACUGUCGGGCAAUGAAGGUCAUUUCUCUGUCAAAGCUGGGGAGCAGAGUUGUCAAGAUGAACUAGGCAUGUUUAAUGGAGCUGCUUCCAACCUUCCAUUUGAGAUGCCUCCACAAGAUUGUUGGUCCAAGAAGGAAUGGGCAGUGAAACGAACAGGAGAAGGUGUUGUGAAGCCCUCGCUGACAACGAGAGCCACGAUUGGGGGCUUAUUUCCCAACCCCAACCCUGAUGUACAGUCUCUUUGGUAAUCUGGAGGAAGAAAAGGGCUCUCCCUUGAACAAAAAAAAAAAAAUUGAAAAAAGUGAAAGAGAACAGAGGAGACUGACAGGACAGUAUGGAAAAAAAACCAAGACUUCGAAAUCUUUAUUCAGAGGAGGCCAAAGAAAUGUGGUUGCCUUCCUCUUUUGAAUGAGAAAGUCUUUUAGAAUAUAGAGAUGGAUGGAUGGAUGGCUGCCCUUCUUGUAUCUUCCCCUUGUUCCUUACUGCUGCCCUUUGCACGUCUCCUUUUUUGAUCAUACAUACUCACUUACCCUUAAUAUAUCUCAUCUUGCAUGCGACUGUCAGGAAACCAGGUUACUUUUUCCCAUGAUGAUGUCUACUUAGUAACCAAUUUCUUACAACAUAAUGCUUUACUUAAUUCAGCAGUUUUUUUUAUAGGUUUAAGCUUCUUUUUAGGGUGAAAUAGGCUUAAGCUGUAUUUGAGUUAUCGUUGCAUUGCAUGUCCAAUGG